AUGACAGGCGAGCGGCAAGCAGCGGAUGCUAUCCGGUUCUACGACUCGAAAUCCUGGGAUUACGACGCUACCUGGCACAACGAUUUCACCAGGCGGUUCAUGUCCUAUCUCGAUAUUCAACCAGGGCAACAAGUUCUGGAUCUGGCAUGUGGCACCGGGCUGUUGACAUUCCGCGAGGCAGAGGCGGUAGGACCACAGGGGCAUGUCAUUGGAGUUGAUGUCACCCCCGGUAUGCUCGCGGUCGCUACUCACAGAAAGACCCAAGGAGGGGACAAAUACGCAAACACAACUUUCCUUCAAGGCGACGUCCUGCAUUUAGAAGAAACGGAAGCACUCAAAGGAAAGCAGUUUGACGUCAUCACAGUGGCUUCUGCUCUAGUCUUGUUUCCCGAUCCAAAAGCUGCGAUUGAGCAUUGGGCAGGGUUCCUGAAGCCUGGAGGCGUCAUUGCCAUGGAUGCGACACAUCCGAGGAACUUGGUCUCCGGCAUGGUACUGGAGAGGGUUGCCCGCAGAUUGGAACUUCCCAUUCCAUACAAUCGUUCAUGGAGCAAAUCCGAAGACACCUUGAAGCAGAUGCUGGAGUCUGCGGGCGUGGAGGUAGAUCAAGUUGUUACCGUAGAGAGUCAAGCGGGAUACGGCAGACGCUUCUAUGAGAUGGAGCAGUGGGACGACUUCUUCGUCGAAAAUGUGAUUGUCAAGGACGUUGCGAGAACAUUUGCGAACAAUGACAUUCGAAGGAAAGCGCAAAAGAUCUACAAGGAAGAGUGGGAGAAGUUGGCGAUAGACGGAAAGAUUGAGGAGAUUGACUCGGUCUUCCUCGGUAUUGCGCGGAGACGCUCUGGCUUUCUGCCCUUCACACACGUUCCCAAAGACAGCAUCUCCUUCACGUAUGCGGAUACGCGCACAGUCCUAAGACUAUCGGCCGUUGCGGAACGUACCUUUUGCUCGGGCUGCGGAGCUCCGAUCUCUAUGUCAUAUCCCUCCGAUCCCGACGGUCUAGGGUUGUGCAUGGCAACGGUCGAUCUGGAGACCCUUAAGACGGAAGUGGCACCCAAAGUGGUGAAGCAUAUAUUCCUGCGAGAAAAGGCGCCCUGGGUGGUACUUCCCGAAGAUGGAACGGAGCGGUGGGGCACAUCAGAAGACGCGCACCUGCUCGCGCAGAGCUAG